GAUACCAAAUGGUUAUUGCCAGUCACAGGGCUCACUCACGAGCCUUAUCCCAAUGUUACUAUGGAUGUGCCAACAUGUUUGUAAGAAGUUUCACUUAGCAAAUAUAAAAAGUGCUCUUAAGGAUUUAACUUUUCCUCAAUUGAUUGUCUUGCUUAAUAAAAUAUUAGCCAGCUUUCAAAAUGAAGAUUCUCAAUCUCCUCCCACUUUUACCCCUCAUCCAAGCGAUUCCAGUCGAGCCACUGGCUGCUAAGAGCUUCGUCCAUGAUGUGGCCAUAACUCCACGGCUGGCUGUUUAUGUGCAAACUUAUCACGAUGAACACAAUAAGGAUACGAACCUUUCUCUCCUACCUCUACUGGGUGCAGACAUCCAGCCAACUCAUGUCAUCCUCGCAGCCUUGCAUAUCAUGGGUACUCCGGGGGAGAUUCACCUAAAUGAUGAUCCACCUGAUGCACCAAUGUAUGAUGAGUUAUGGGCUCAAGUAAAGGCUCUUCAGACAGCAGGAAUAAAAGUGUCAUGUAUGAUGGGCGGAGCUGCUUGGGGCACUUGGAAUUACUUUACCGGUGAUGACAGCCAGGUAACUUGAUAUUAUUGAUGCAUGCUUAUACCCAUUACUAACUCCUCAUAAGUUCCACCAAUACUAUGACCCUCUCCUCAAUAAUUUUAUCAAAAAAUACAAUCUCAAUGGUAUAGACAUUGACGUUGAACAAUUCGUGGACAUCACUGUAGUUCUCCGUUUGAUCAAACAGCUUUAUAAUGAUAUGGGUCCGGGGUUCGACAUUACAAUGGCACCAGUAGCUUCAGCUCUAUCAUAUGGUGGCAGCCUCUCUGGCUUUUCUUACUCAGAUCUCGACGCCCAAGCACGAGACCCGAAUACCGGCGCACCAAUGAUAUCGUUUUACAAUGCUCAAUUCACCAAUGGGUGGGGAUAUGCAGGAAAUACUAAUGAUUAUGAUUCUAUUAUCAACGCAGGCUGGGAUCCCUCGAGAGUAGUCAUGUUAGCUUCAGCUGCGACUAAUGAUGCAGGUGGAUGGGUCCCGAUCGGUUCGCUUAAGAAUACGAUCAGGAGUUUGAGAAACAAGUAUCCGAAUUUCGGUGGUGUUAAUGGUUGGGAGUAUUUUGAUGCGGGCAGUACUGAUGGAUUGGUUCAGCCAUAUAUGUGGAUGGCGAAUUUGAGGGAUGCACUGAACUCUUACUGAAUCUUUUUGUAAAUUUGUGGUAUCUUUAUGUAUAUGGUGGAAUUGUAAAUGAUAAUUUGUUGAGAAAUGCC